GAGGAUAAGUGGACACCGGAAGGGAACACUUCUUGUUAGAAAACACGGACACAUGUGGUUUCCGCUUCUCUGAGACAUUUAACAUUAUCUUUCGCCUCUGUCCCUCUCUUCAGACACAUUCUGAGCUCUGAGGAAACUCCACAGCGUCUCUUCUCUCUCUCAAGCAGCUACUGUUGUACCACCUCACACCUCCUCCUCCUCCUCCUCUGCUGGCGAAGGCACCUGCAGCUCAGCCUCUGGAAUAAUGUCGCAAGCCACCAAACGCAAACACGUGGUCAAUGAGGUGCUCGGGGACUUCGUGACGCCCACAGAGAACCAGCAGAUAGUGAAGAUCACUGGUAGCCGCGGUAACAACCUCCAUGAAGCUGUCACGGCUCAGGGCGAGAUCUUCCUGGUGAGCAUGCCCACCAAGUUCCGCAAGAACCUCUGGAUCAAGAGAGGUGACUAUGUGAUUGUGGAUCCUAUUGAGGAAGGAGAGAAGGUGAAGGCAGAGAUCAGCUUCAUUCUCUACAAAGAUCACAUUCGGAAUCUAAAGAAACUGAAGCUCUGGCCGGCGGGUUUUACGGAGGAGUCCCCAGCACAGGACAAGACAAACAAGCAGAAGGAGACUGUAGGAAAAGACGUGGAAGAGGAGGCUAGCAACUCUGAAGACGACGAGAGCGACCUGUUUGUGAACACCAACCGCUGUAACUACCAGUACAGCGAGAGCGAGGAGGAGGACAGUGAAGAAGAAGAGGAGGAGGUCAAAGAGGGAAGGACAGAAACUGGUUCACAGCAGGAGAACUGAGGACCUGGACAGUUGAGAGUGAAAGCUGUGAAAAUCAUGUGACAGUGUCACUGUGCUGCUGUGAUCACUGACUGAUGCAGGGAUCCUCAGGCUCUGCACUUGGUUGACAGACUGUUGGAGACACUCGGCUCACCGAGUGAACGUGAACUUACAGAGGAAGGACAAAACAAGUCGUGCUUGUAAGUUAAUAACAAUAAUAACAUUAAUCAAUCAGUAAAAUAUAAAAGAUAGAAAUUCUGUAGGAUAGCUUUCUACUGUCAUCUCUCGUUUCUUUACUGGCCUCCAGUGGAGGAUUUGCUGGAUUGCUAGUACAUUUUAUAUCCAGGUGAUGUAAAACCUUUUCAGGGUGUUGCUAAUAUAAACGGUUGUAUCUGAUCAGCGUCCUCUGUAGGACAUAAUGAAUAGAAACUCAUACAUUUCACAUUUAAAAAAAAAUUAUUGUUCAAAAAUGUAUUUACAUUCCUAUGUUUGAUGUAUUUGUUGACUUGAUUGAUGAGUCUGGAAGCUACAAGCCAAGUGAUCUUUGUUUUGCCCUGCCCUGAGAGGCAUGUAAAAGGUUGAAGUUCACAACUACACCAGGCUUCUCAUUCACGAGCUUAUUAAGGGUUGCAGUGGGGGCGGAGGCCAAUCACACCUGACAUGAGGGGAGAGGUGGGGGACUCCCAGGAGAGGUCGACUGUCAAUCACAGAGCAAACACAGACCGACAACAUUCCCUCUCACAUUCCCACUGACAGACAAUAGUAACAAUCACUAAAGGCAUUCAUGUUUUCUUCUUGGUGAUUCUCUGUGCACUCUCAAACCAAGGUACAUAAAUUAUGUGUUAUUGAAUUAUGCAACAUCACUGUCAUGUGCUUCUUUUACUUUACAUUUAUUUGAAUUGGAAAAGGUUUUCUGCCAGGAAGGCUUCAGACUGUCUGCAUGAAGUAGGUUGUGGUAGAUGAAUGAGACACACACACAGAACAUCCAUCCAGGAGACGAGUUCAACUCUUGUUUUUGACUUUGUUAAUUUAUUUUAAUCUUAGUUUUUACACUUAUGAGAGCUGUUCAUCCACCUCAACCUGAUCUUUACCUAGACCUUUUAUUAUCACACCAGAUCUCCUAAAGCCUGGCAGAAAGCCUUUGCCAAUUAAAAUACAUUUCUACCCAAAAGAGUUGCAUCACCUUCUUACACACAGUAAAUCAUGUACCUUGUGUUUAGAGUCCACAGAGAAAGUUCAAUCUUGACCGGGGUUCACUUUAAAUUAAUUUUCCAAAGAAACAAUCCUCACACUAAAAACUUGCCUUUAACAGCUUUUUAGGUUUUCCACCGAGUGUGGUGAGAAUUCCACACCUUUCCUGUAUUACCAGUCCUCUGCAGGGUUUUUGUUCCAAGUGUACCAUUACUACUACAGAGUCUCCCAAUUAAAAAUUUCAGCAACUUUCUUUUUAUUUCAUUGAAAAGAACAAUCCCCUUUGGAAAGAAUUGUGCAGAAGUAAUGCAAGAAUAUAUAUGGAAAUAAACAUAUUCUCCAUGUGCACCAUG